AUGCGUCAGAGGAAAUGGUUGGAUGUGGUAAAAGAUUACGACAGUAAGAUCCUGUAUCAUCCGGGCAAGGCUAACGUGGUAGUUGAUGCCCUGAGCCGCAAGGUAGAGAGUGCCCCGAUUCGAGAUGUGUGCAUGAUGAUGACAGUGGUGACUCCGGUGUUGGAUACCAUUCGAGAGGCCCAGGCAGAGGCCGUGAGACCGGAGAACCGCAAGAGGGAGCGGGUGAUUGGGCAAGCAUCCGAGUUUGUGACGGAUAGCCGAGGGCUUAUGACCUUUAGAGGGCGGAUUUGGGUGCCCUAUACGGGCGGAGCACACAACAUACUGAUGGAAGAGGCGCACAGAUCGAGAUUUUCGAUCCAUCCCGGGGUCACUAAGAUGUAUUUGGACCUGAAGAGAGAUUACUGGUCGCCUUGCAUGAAGAGGGAUGUUGCGUGGGUAGUCGAGAGGUGCUUGACCUGCCGUCGGGUCAAGGCAGAGCAUCAGCGUCACCACGAUCCAUUGCAAGCCUUGGAGAUUUCCCCAGUGGAAGUGGGAACAGAUCUCUAUGGACUUCAUCACCAAGUUACCGACGACUGCGCGUGGAGUUGA